AUGGAUAGCCUGGCUGUGGUGGCCCUGAGAGUUGUCCUGCCUGUUGCAGAGAAAGGAAGAAGGAUGGGAGAUCUGGGGAGCAGGAUUGCUGCUUUGCUGUUGGCCAUCUCCACAGUUGUAUCGGGUCAAGCUAGAGUCACCCAGGAGCCCCAAUUUCUUUCAGUUAAGGAAGGAGACUCCAUCCGUUUGAAUUGCUCCUAUACGGAAACAGCUACUAGUCUUCAGUGGUACAAGCAAUAUCCAGGAGGCCAGCCAGAGUUCAUCAUGAACUUGUUUUCAUCAAAGACUGAAACAAAGGGUAAUAGAGAUGACCUGGACACAGUUAAGAAGACCACCUCUUUGCAUCUGAAGAACACCCAACUUAAGGAUUCAGCUGUCUAUUUCUGCGCAUGGAGCACAGUGCUUACAAAAGGCACCUGCUGGUUGUCACCAAAGGUGGAGGGCAACCAAGGAGAAGAAAUUGAGCUCCCUACUGUGGGCCCUUCUUUUUACCACUAUCCCCAGCACCCCAUCUGGACCUGCAGUUUUACUAGAGUUCAUGGCCUCCAAUACAGCUCUCGCUUGGUGUACGUACAAGUUGUAUCAGGUCAAGCUACUGUCACCCAGGAGCACCAAUUUCUAUCUGUUAAGGAAGGAGACUCCAUCCUGCUGAAGUGCUCCUAUCAGGGAAUGGAAUACAGUCUUCAGUGGUUCAAGCAAUAUCCAGGGAGCCUGCCAGUAUUCAUGAUGUUACUGGCUAUAUUGGAGACCAAAGCAAAGGAUAAUUUUGAAAUGACUCUGGACCCAGUUAAGAAAACCACCUCUUUGUAUCUGAAGAACACUCAACUUAAGGAUUCAGCUGUCUAUUUCUGUGCAGUGAAGCAGAGUGGUAGAAAGACACGUCCUGAUAUGAGGACAUGCCAUAAAUGUGGUUUCCACGGAGUGUCUGUGUGGCGCUCAUCUGGAUACAAGGAUGAACCUUACAGUCACACAAUUCUUUGCAAAGUUCAUCCUGGUAGGAAAUAUUGGGGAUUACAGGCAAAUGUUGAUGUUUGUGUUUUUUUCCCCAUCACUAAACCUGAUCCUCUUCUCCCCACAAGAGGGCAGUGUAACCCACAAGCAGAUACCAGCAAAGUUCUCUUAAGAGGAAUGUUGUAAGAGUUUUAAGUGAUUCUUUUGCUCUCCUCUCGAUUCCUCUGGCUUUCUGACACUUCCCCCUGAUAGGACAGUCAGAAAUCUCGAGAAAUUGUUGGAAGAAAUAUCCAGGUCCAGUUCCAUGCUGGGAGAAAGGGACUGAAAAUCAAAUGGAGGCUGGAGGCUGAUGGGAAAGAAAAGUUCCUUUUAUUGUUGAAGCAGAACCACCAACCACGUGUGAUUCUGGGCAGCUGACAAAAUGGAGUUGAGAGUGGGUGUGUUUUUUAUACCUUCUGUAUUCCUAUGGGGGUCAUGUGGGGGUCAUAUCUGGCUCUAUAGGCAAAAGCCCAUGUAACACCUCUCCUACGCGAGCUGCACUGGCUCCGUGUGGUUUCCGGGUGCGAUUCAAGGUAUCACCUUUAAAGCGCUCCAUGGCUUAGGACCUGGGUACCUACGAGACAGUCUUUUGCCACAAUAGCCUCCCACCGACCAGUUCGU